AUGCUUGAGUCACUGGUAGCUAAUGUAUUAAAUCGCUUCCUCGGAGCUUAUGUCUCGAAUCUUGAAAAUAAUCAACUUAACAUAGGAAUAUGGACAGGCAUGUUUGAUCGCGUAGAAUUCAUAGAAUUCAUAGAAUUCGCUCUUGAUAAGUUCAAUUUACCUAUUGAAAUAUUAGAAGGAUAUCUUGGGGAACUUACACUCAAUAUUCCUUGGACGGAUUUAAAAAACAAACCUGUUAAAGUUUUUAUUAAUAACGUUUACCUUCUAGCGGUUCCUAAAGCCGAGUCAGAGUAUGAUCCACAAGAGGAAGAAAGGCGCGCUCAACAGCUUAAAAAAGAAAAGUUAGAAAAUGAUGAACUACUUCAUACGAGUUCAGAUUUGCCAGGAGAGAAUGAUCAGAAGAAUCAAUCUUUCAUAAAUCAACUUGUCACAAAAAUUGUUGAUAAUUUGCAAAUUUCUAUCAACAAUAUUCACAUUCGUUAUGAAGAUAAAUUGAGUGAUCCUGGGCACCCAUUUGCAGUUGGCUUAACUUUAUCUGAAUUUUCCGCAGUAUCAACUGAUGAUAAUUGGAAGCCAACAUUUAUUGAAGGUGAAACUAAUAAAAUAAAGAAAUUAAUCACGUUAGGGUCUUUAGCUAUUUAUUGGAAUACGGAUUCGAGAUCAUUGUCUGGAUAUUCUAUAAAUGAGGCUGUGGAAUUGUUCACUAGUUUGAUCGCGUCUGAACAACGAAUACCACCAGAACAUCAAUAUAUUCUAAAACCUGUUUCUGGCACUGGUCGAGUUGUUUUAACAAAAAAAUUUAAUAUUGAAAUUCCCAAAAAUUCUGCAACACUUUUAUUUGAUGAACUUGGUUUCGUUUUAGAUGAUGAACAAUACAGAGAUGCAUUAUUGAUGGUUGAUCUGUUUCAUUUUUAUUUACGACAACAACAGUAUCGAAAAUUUAGACCUCCAAAAGAGAUAACUCCAAAAAUGAAUCCAAGAGCUUGGCUUAAAUUUGCUGCUGAUUGUAUCAUUUCGGAAAUUCGUGAAAGGAAUCGUAAAUUGACAUGGGAAUAUUUUGCUCAACGUCGUGACGAUCGACGACUAUAUGUUAAAUUAUAUAAAGACAAAUCGUUAGAGAAAAUAUCUGCUGAAGAUCUUAAAAAAUUAGAGGAUUUAGAAUUGAGACUUAGUUAUGAAGAUAUACGAUUUUAUCGAUCAAUUGCAAAAUCACAAUUGAAAAAAGAAAAGGAAUAUUUAGCUGCUCCACAACCAACAGGAUGGUUUAGUGCAGAAGAUACCAUCUUAAAUGAUGAACAACGUCAAGAAUUAUAUAAGGCAAUUGAUUACGAUGAAGAUGCUAUUCCGGAAACUUUGGAUAUGGAAAUGCCCAAAGAGGUUGGUUUUGAUGUCAAUGAUGAUUGGGUGAAACUUUCUCUUAUGACAAAACUUAAAACAGGUUCUUUUGCACUAAAAAAAGAUCCUCAUGGAAAAAAUAUGAAAAUAUUACACGUGUUAUUUGAUACCGUGACCACAAAUUUUAUUCAACGUCCUGAUUCUUUUCAAGCGGAAACUGCAUUAGGUAGUUUAAGUGUUGAGGAUGGAUCUGAAGGCUCUUUAUAUCCAAAAAUUGUUCGAGUUAAAAAGGAACAUGAAUCUACAAGUGACAAAACUGAUUUGACGAGAAAUAAUCGUGCAAGUGAAGUAGGUUAUGAUGAAGAAACGAAUAAUCCUUUCUUUCAAUUGGUUUUUGAAAGUAAUCCUUUAGAUGGUCGUGCGGAUAAUGGUCUCUCAAUGAAAAUGAAACAUUUGGAAGUAAUUUAUAAUGUUAAAACCAUUGAAGCAAUUACUGACUUUUUCAGACCUCCCGAACAGCAAUUGGAAUCCAUUUCUGCAUUGAUUGUAGCGGCAGGUGAUACUCUAGAAGGAAUUAAAGCACAAACUAGAGCUGGAUUAGAACUUGUAUUGGAGGAACAUAAAACUAUUGAUGUUAAAAUAGAUAUGAAUGCUCCAAUCAUAAUUGUUCCCGAAAAUUGUAUUAAUCGAGAUGCUCAAGUCGUAGUGUUAGAUUCCGGUCAUAUCAGUGUAGAAAGUAAAUUGGUAAAAAAAUCCCUUAUAUCAGAAAUUCAAUCUAAAAUAGGUGAUAAUUAUAGUGAUGAAAAUUAUAAGCAAUUACAAUCUUUAAUGUAUGAUAGAUUUUCUGUUCAACUUUCGUCAACUCAGCUUCUUGUGGGUCAAUCUGUUGAACGAUGUUUAGCUCAAAUACGUGAGGUCGAUUCUAAAUAUGAUCUUCACGUUAUUGAUAGAAUAAACAUGCAAUUUGAUGUGGGAAUAUCAAUAGCACCUAAAGCUGCUAAUCUUACUAAAUUUAAAGUUUCCGGACAUUUGCCUCUUUUAAAAGCAAAUUUUUCGGAUAGAAAAUAUAAGAUCAUGAUGAAUAUUAUUGACAAAAUAGUAGAUGAUAAAUUGUCAUUGAGCAGAUUAACAAAUGAAUUGGUUAGAGAAAAAGCUUUAAAAGAUAAAAAAGACGUUCAAUGGGAUCGUUUAAAACACAGGGAUUCUAUAGUAAUGGCCGAAAAGCUAGGACUAGGAAAAACUUUACACGAUUUAAUAGUAAUUGACGAAGAUAACGAUACCCAUGAGGAUCAUGCAGAGGAAUUUUUUGAUGCUCAGGAUACAGAAUCACACCAGAAUGCAAAGGUAAAUCAGAGAACUUUUGAAUUUGAAUUUAAGGUGGACAAAUUCAUUACUACUGUUAAGAAAGCAGAUCCAGAUCCGGAUAAACCAGAGAUUGUUCUUGUUGAUAUGGUUUUGGAACAUUUUGGUUUAAAUUAUGUUUUAAGUUCUUUUGAUAUGUCAGCAGAAGUUGUUCUUAAAUCAUUAAGUAUUGAAGAUAAGAUGUCAGAUACAGGAUCCGAAUUUAGACAUUUAGCUGCAUCGGAAGGAUAUGGAAAUACCCAAUCUGAUGAUUCUGAAGAUCUUGUACACGUAAAAUAUUCAAAAGUUAGUCCAAAAUCACCUGAAUAUAUGACAAAAUAUGAAGGAAUUGAUCAAAGUGUUGAUAUUGAAAUGUCAACAAUUAAUGUAAUUGUAACUCGUAAAAGUAUUUUGAAAUUAUAUAAUUUUGUUCUUGACACAUUUACUUCAUCAAAAGCUACUACAACUCCAAUAUCAGCAACUGUUAGUUCCUUACCAUCACUCGAAGAAGCAUUAGAUUUUUCACCAGAAGCCGAAAAGCCACCUUCACAAUCAACUAUGCGAGUUAAAGUCAAGUUAAAUAGUAUCAGAUUUAUUUUAAAUAAUGAUGGUACAAGGCUUGCUACAGGAUUAUUAUCUCACGCAAGGGUUGCAGUAUUAUUAAGACAAAAUACUAUUCGUGUUGGAGCUCAAUUGGGAAAUUUUUCUUUAUCCGAUGACAUUGCGGAUGCUAAUAGAGCAGAAUCUUUAAGACAAUUACUUACAAUUGAAGGAGAAGAUUUAGCAGUAUUUAAAUAUGAAACAUUUGAUGAAAAUGAACCAGGAUUUCCUGGAUAUGAUUCAUCAAUUUCAUUACGUACCGGGUCAGCCAAAUUAACAUUUUUGGAGGAACCAAUUCGUCUUUUACUUGAUUUCGGAAGUAAAUUUGCACAAAUGAAAGGACUUUAUGAUUCUGCUCGUCAAGCUGCCAUGACACAGGCAGUUCAUUUACAAGAAAAAGUUUCAAUGUUACAUUAUGAAAUUGUCAUUAGUACACCAAUUGUUACUUUUCCACGUAAUGCUAAUUCACCAGAUGUAGUAGUUGCCAAUCUAGGUGAAUUUUCAGCUUCUAAUGAAUUUAUUCAUAAUGACAAUGAUGAAAAUUAUCUUACAAAGAUUAAAGCUCAAUUACAAAAGAUUCGUUUGAGUUCAAUAUUUUAUUUUCCAAAUAAUGAAUCACCUCAGAUUCUUCAAAUAAUUGAUGACGUUGAUAUUAAUUUUAAUAUAUCAUAUUCGGAACAUAUUGAAGAUUCAGAUAGACCUGAUAUGGAGGUUUGA